AUGGAGACUGAGAGUCUGCUGCCGAAGUCUAAAUCAAAGAAGUUCAGAGGUCGGAAAUAUGUGUCUCUCAUCAUCAUCAUCAUCAUCAUCACCUUCAUCUGGCUCUAUUACCUUACCCUCAGGAUCGAAGCUGGAGGACGCCACAUAGCCACGAACAGGCAAUACUCAAGGUCAGGGACAGAAGGCUGGUGUUUACCGGGGAAGCCACAAGGAGAGGAGGGAGCGUCAGAUCAUGGUGCCAAGACCAACCGGGCCAAGACCAAUAUGUGCAGAGAAAAAGGAUCCUCUCAAGCUCUGUCAGUUUCUCUGAAAGAACAGGUGGCCUUUAUGGCUGUCAAUGGGAAAAAGACGCUGCUGUUAUCGGCUUAUAUGGAGCACCGCAAACAAAGACAGGUUCAUGUCAUUUCCAUUGUGCUGAGGAGCGAGGAUCAAAACUAUCACUGUAGCAUUUGCUGCAACGAGAAACUGUACUUUUCUAAAGGUGUCGGCGAUAUCAACAGAGAUCACUUUGACUUCUCAUACGGCACAGCAGACAUCAUGUGUCCUCUUCCUAAAGGCUGUGAGACGCCCUCUCAUAUCGCUGUGACCAACAAUGCCACCAGCUCUGGUACCGAAGAUUUACAUGAGCUGGUAUAUUUGGAGGUAAAAAACCAAAACAAGAGUGAUGCCUUACCUUACGACUUCACCGUCUGCAUUUCCACCAUGUUUAAUUUUACUAAUGUCCUACAGUUGGUCCAGAGUUUGGAAAUGGUGCAGUUACUGGGGGUGGACAGAGUUGCCAUCUAUAAGAGCGACUGCAGCCCUGAAACACAGCGUGUACUGGACUACUACACAAAAAAAGGUUUAGUAGAGGUGAUUCCUUGGACGAUAUCCAACCAUCUGAAACCAUCUCGCGGCUGGCUGCCUAUGCAUGGUCCAGGUGACAUCCACUACUUCGGCCAGAUCCCCGCUCUCACCGACUGUGUCUACAGAUAUAUGUACCAGUCCAGAUAUGUGUCCCUGCAGGAUAUAGAUGAGGUCAUACUGCCUCAGUCUGUCAACAGCUGGUCGGACUUGCUACCACAGCUGGAGAAGAAAUAUGGCGUUGACAAGUGCUACAUGUUUGAGAAUAACGUGUUCCCCAACAAUGUCAUGCUGCCUCUUCCAGCCUCCCUAAAGCAACCCAUGGAAAGCCCCGGCUGGAAGAAUGUGCCUGGGGUGAACAUCCUGGCUCACCUCCACCAUGAACCCAUCAUAAAAGAGACGCAUUACAGCAACUUCAAGCUCAUCGUUAACCCCCGAGCUGUCUUCCGACCUACCGUCCACGGACUGCUGAAGUCAGAGAAAGGCUGUGCCUGGGUUGACAGGAAUAUAGCUCGAAUGUACCACACAAGAGCUGCAAUACAAAAGCUGAAACCCGACCAGCUGAUUUAUGACGGCAGACUACUGAAGUACAGCGACCGCCUCCUGUCGGCUGUCAAUACUGUUCUCAACGAGACCGGAUUACUACCAAGUGAAGUCUAG